CCCCUUCCAUCUCGCCGAUUGGACUGGAGGUCGGUGUGGUCCGAGCGGCCCGCUCUGCCAAUCGCGGCUCUCUCCUGCAGUUAUUCCGCAAGUCUCUUCCUGUAUCAGGCGGCCGAAAUGCUUCCUGAUUAAGUUUGUCCUGCUUGAGGUUCCGUUCCGAAGGCCUUCGAACGCCAGCGAUCUGGACGAAAAGCCGGGGCCGGGUGGCGCUUGCAGGAAGAGGCGAUGGCGGCCGCUGCGGGGGGAGCCUACGGGAACCUGAAGCUGCACAUAACACCCGAGAAGUUUUAUGUGGAAGCUUGUGAUGAUGGAGCCAAUGAUGUCCUGGCCAUUGACAGAGUCUCCACAGAGGUCACUCUUACAGUUAAGAAAGAUAUUCCGCCUUCAUCCGUUACCAGGCAAAUAUAUGGUAUUUUGGGAACAAUCCGUCUAGUGGCAGGCACGUACCUUAUCGUAAUAACAAAGAAGAGAAAAGUAGGAGAAUUUUUCAACCAUUUAGUUUGGAAAGCAAUGGACUUUGACAUCCUCUCCUACAAAAAGACAAUGUUGCAUUUAACUGAUAUUCAGUUACAGGACAAUAAGGCUUUUUUAGCAAUGAUUAGCCACGUGUUAAGUGUGGAUGGAUUUUAUUUCUCUACAACAUAUGACUUAACGCACACCUUGCAACGGUUGGCUAAUACAAGUCCUGAGUUUCAAGAAAUGAGCUUGCUGGAGAGGGCAGAUCCACGAUUUGUAUGGAAUGGACAUCUUCUUAGAGAAUUUGCUGCUCAGCCUGAGAUUCAUAGGUUUGCUACACCAGUGUUGCAUGGAUUUAUUACGAUGUAUUCUUGCUCCAUUAAUGGGAAAUAUUUUGACUGGAUUCUUAUUUCCCGAAGAAGUUGUUUCAGAGCUGGUGUGCGCUAUUAUGUCAGAGGUAUUGAUUCAGAAGGACACGCGGCGAACUUUGUAGAAACAGAACAAAUUGCGCAUUACAAUGGGAGCAAAGCUUCUUUUGUUCAGACACGUGGAUCAAUUCCUUUCUUCUGGUCACAGAGACCAAACCUCAAAUAUAAACCAAAGCCACAGAUCAGCAAAUCAGUAAAUCAUAUGGAUGGCUUCCAAAGACACUUUGACUCUCAGAUUAUUAGCUAUGGGAAACAAGUGAUUGUUAAUCUGGUUAACCAAAAGGGCUCAGAAAAGCCUCUUGAGCAAACGUUCUCACAAAUGGUAAACAGCUUGGCAAACGGAAUGGUCAGAUACGUAGCAUUUGAUUUCCAUAAAGAAUGCAGUCACAUGAGGUGGGAUCGGCUGCAGAUUUUAUUGGAUCGGCUAGCUGAACAACAAGAUGAAUUUGGCUACUUUCUGGUUGAUGCGGAUGGCAAGGUGGUAAUACAGCAAGAAGGAAUCUUCCGCAGUAAUUGUAUGGACUGCCUGGAUCGGACGAAUGUGAUUCAGAGCCUUCUGGCCCGCCGGUCUCUCCAAGCACAACUGCAGAGAAUGGGUGUGCUACAUGUCGGUCAGAGAAUCGAAGAGCAAGCAGAAUUUGAAAAACUGUAUAAAAAUGCAUGGGCCGACAAUGCAAACGCUUGUGCCAAACAGUAUGCUGGAACGGGUGCCUUAAAGACAGACUAUACAAGAACUGGGAAGAGAACGCAGUGGGGUCUAGUAAUGGAUAGCUGGAAGUCGCUCAUACGUUAUUACAAGAACAACUUUUCCGACGGCUUUAGACAGGAUGCAAUAGACCUGUUUCUUGGAAAUUAUUCUGUGGAUGAAGCAGAUUCCGUCAGUCCUUUUCGUGUACAGAAAGACUGGAAAUUCUUGGCUUUGCCUAUUAUCAUGGUCGUUGCUUUCUCAAUGUGCAUUAUCUGUUUGCUCAUGGCUGGUGAUACAUGGACAGAGACGCUGGCCUACGUGCUCUUCUGGGGAAGCGCAAGCUUUGGAACUCUCGCGAUCAUCCUUUACAAUGGCAAGGAUUUUGUCGAUGCGCCUAAACUAGUCCAAAAGGAGAAGAUGGACUGAAUUUGUGUGUGUGGAAAGCGGCUUGGUAGGGAUGACUCCUCAGGCCACUCCUGGAGCCUCUACUGACCUGCUUUCCACACCAGCCUGUGGUCUUUUUAGCUGUCAUCUUUGCAGGGUGAAAAAGUGAACCCAGCUUUUUGCUUGGUGGAGAUGAUGGACUGAUCUAGUCACACUGGUCUCUGGGAUAUUGCGUUCGCCGGGGAGCUCACACACGCCACAUUGGGGACACAAAAGAUGGAAAUAAAUUCUUUAGUCCUGCUGAGUGUUAACUGUCUCAUUUAGAAGGGCCUACUGAGUUUUGCUGCAGCGGUGUAUCGUUCAACCUGUCAGAGCUGCAGAAGAGAUGCAAUUGUGCUGAAAGCUGGCUGCUACUGGAUUUUGCUGAGAUACAUUUCUCUGAUAGGAGAAUCCUUUGCUUGUUAACAGUAAUGCAUCUUGCUGCUUAAUUAAACUCCGGUGUGGGCACCCUUAUAGACAGGAACUCAGCAAUAACAAGCGCAGGAUUAUACCCCCUCUCCCCACCUAUAUAUAUCUAAAAUAUCAGCAUAGCCUGUGAGACCUCCGUCUUCCCCAACCCCCCCUCCUUCAAGUCUCCUCUAUUAAUUUUCGGAUUGUUGAUGCAAUAUUACGUUUGCUGGGAGGAUGAGGGUACCAUAGAAUGUUUGGAAUGUGUCUUGCAAUGCUUUAAUGACUCCAGUCCUUAGAUGACAAAUGUCAGUAUGAUUCAAAUGUUAAAAUUCAGUCUUUUUUUAAAAAAAGAGGGAUGUAAAUGGAAUCAAAGAAUGUAGAGCUGCUUCUUGGUCCCUCUUAUGCUAAAGGUCCAAAUGCUUUCUUUCUUAAGAGUCACAAAUGUAGAAUUUUUCUAUAGAUUGGGCAAACCAGAUGCUGCUUACGGUGCCUUGGUUUUAGUGGGGAUAAUAUGCGGAAAAGCGAAUACAUUUUUUGAUAUAUUUUCCCUGGCUAAAUUCCUUGUUUGCCCUUGAGAUCAGCAUCGGCUUGCUUUUUGUGCAUGAUGUAAUUAUAUUUCUCUUCAAUUGUAAUGUUCUAAGCUAUUAAAAAAAUAGCCUUGUGCUGGUUACUAAUAAAUGUGUGUCUUAAAUUUAGUGCUUCCAAGCUUUAUAUUAAUACUAGAUCUGAAUCAAGGACCAAUUUUAAAUGACUUGGUCAUCCAUUUUCUAUUACCUGUAUUCAGAACCAGACAGGAAUCUGCUUCAGGUGCUGUGCAAUUAAUAUUUCCCAUAACGACAGCUGUAUAUUCAGGACUGCAAUUAUGAAGUUUAAACAUUAGGGAAACGGGCAGAGUGCUAGGCCUAAUGCAGGUUCGCCACUGCAAGCUAAAACCCAGCAUACUGCGGCAGCGUUUCCAGUAUGAUUGUAUUGUAUGUAUUCACAUACUGUAUAGUCUUUGUGAAGAACAACAGUUCAUUUGGCCUCUUUCGGUUUGUUUAAAUAUCCAUUCACAAUCACUUGUAAUAUACAAAGCUCCUGUUUAGAGGAUGCAGUGGAAACAGAGUAUGAAAAUCAAAAAGUCUUAAGCCAUCAAGUAUGCAGGGAGUGUAGAUCCCGUGAGUUAAAUGUUUAAUGGCUUUGCUCUCUUGGAACAGUUGGUGUUAUCCUGGUUUGUUUCCUGUUAAGAACUGUGUGCAUGGAGGAAGGCUUAGGAAGCAUGCACCGCAGGAACUAACGUAGGCCUGAAACUGGGAGGAGAUCUAUGUCCGUGGCUUGCAAAGAGGUUGAGUUUCAUACGUCCACGUACAGUGUACUCAAACAAUAAAAAACUACAGUCUUUUCUAAA